ACAGUAAGGUGACAAGCGACAAGAACAUAUUUCGCAGUCGCAGUGUACUUGUGGAUCGAUUUGCACAGUGAUUUCUGCGAUAUUGAGAGCAUAGUACUUUGUCCCUUUUCUAAACAUAAACAACUGCUGCAGGUUUGUUUUCCUCGGUGGCUGUGACAGAUACUGGGCAAAGCACCUCAAUGUUAUGAAUUCAGUAAGAUUACUGCAAUGCGUUGUAGGUGCAGCCUUUGGCAGAAGACUGCAAUACUCUGAUAAAACCUGUGGAAUUGAUCUGUAUUUCAAGAGACAGCAACCCUGUUUUAGUUUGUUGGCUGCCAGGACAAUGGCUACUGCUAAAGGAUCAGAAGAGAAAGGGCACCAGAACCGACUGUCUUUUGAAAAAUCACCAUAUUUAUUGCAGCAUGCUACGAACCCUGUGGACUGGUAUCCAUGGUGUGAUGAAGCAUUUGAAAAAGCAAGGAAAGAAAAUAAGCUGAUAUUUCUUUCUGUUGGAUAUUCAACCUGCCACUGGUGUCAUGUAAUGGAAAGAGAGUCAUUUGAAAAUGGUGAAAUAGCAAAGGUUAUGAAUGAACAUUUUGUUAACAUAAAAGUAGACAGAGAAGAAAGGCCUGAUGUCGAUAAAAUGUACAUGGCUUUCGUACAGGCUACUACUGGUGGAGGUGGGUGGCCCAUGAGUGUCUGGCUGACACCAGAACUGACACCUGUUUAUGGUGGUACAUAUUUUCCACCAGAUGAUCGUUACUUUGGGAGGCCAGGCUUCAAAUCCGUUCUCCAGACACUUAAAAUACAGUGGGAAGAAAAUAGGCAGAAGUUUUCAGACUCUGGACGGAAGGUAGUGGAGAUCUUAAAGAGAGCUUCUGCAUUAGAUGCUGCAUCAUCUGCCGUAUCUAAACCAGAAUGCAUAGAAAAGUGCUUCCAGCAGCUUGCAAAGAGUUUUGAUAGUAAAAAUGGUGGCUUCAGUGAAUCUCCAAAAUUUCCACAGCCAGUGAAUUUUAAUUUUCUUUUUCACAUUCAUGCAAGAAAUCCUUCUUCAGAAAUUGGAAAAAAUGCUCUUGACAUGUGUUUAUUCACUCUGAAAAAGAUGGCAAAAGGAGGCAUUCAUGAUCACGUUUCACAGGGUUUUGCAAGAUAUUCAACAGAUGAAAGGUGGCAUGUUCCACAUUUUGAAAAGAUGCUUUAUGACCAGGCACAACUAGCUAUUGCCUAUUCAGCAGCCUAUACAGCUUCUAAAGAAGAAUUUUAUGCUGACAUUGUUAGAGACAUUCUUACUUAUGUGGACAGAGAUUUAGGUGAUCAGUCUGGAGGAUUCUACAGUGCUGAGGAUGCGGAUUCUUAUCCAACUCAUGAUUCUAAGAAGAAAAAAGAAGGAGCAUUCUGUGUAUGGACUUUUGAUGAGAUUAAACGACUUUUGGCAAAAUCGCUACCAGAAAUGUCAACUUCGGCCACUUUAGCCGAUGUUUUUUGCUACCAUUAUUGUGUGAAACCAGGAGGAAAUGUAAAUCCAUAUCAGGAUCCUCAUGAUGAACUGAAGGGGCAGAAUGUUUUAAUAGUUGAAGGAAGUGAGGAAGAGACAGCUGAACAUUUUAAACUUACAUUGGAACAAACACGAGUCUUUCUCAAAGAAGCUUGUAAUAUUUUGUAUGAAGCUCGCCAAAAAAGGCCUAGACCCCAUUUGGACAGCAAGAUGCUUACAGCUUGGAAUGGGUUGAUGAUAUCAGGAUAUUCUAAAGCUUAUGAAGCCUUACAAGAUAAAUCAUAUGCUGAGAGAGCUAUUAAGGCAGCAAAUUUCAUAAAGGAACACUUGUACAAUCCCCAAACUCAGACUCUGUUACGAAGUUGCUACAGAGGUGAAGAUGGCAGUGUAGUUCAAAUUUCAAGUCCAAUUUCUGGUUUUCUGGAUGACUAUGCAUUUGUCGUCCAAGGCUUGCUGGACUUGUAUGAAGCUAGUCUGGAUGACAGGUGGCUAGAGUGGGCAGAGAAACUUCAAGAUCAACAAGAUAAGUUGUUCUGGGACACUGAAAGUGCUGGAUAUUUCACCUCACCGGCAACUGAUGCUUCAGCAAUUCUCAGGUUAAAGGAAGACCAGGACGGCGCGGAGCCGUCGGGCAACUCGGUGUCGUGCCUGAACCUGCUGCGGCUGUCGUCGCUGCUGGAGCGAGCGGAGCUGCGCGAGCGCGCCGGCCGCCUGCUGGCCACCUUCUCCACCAGGAUGGCGCGGCUGCCCGUCGCCGUGCCGCAGCUCGCCGUCGCGCUCUCCGUCUACCACGACUCGCCCACGCAGGUGUUCGUGGCUGGCCCGCGCGACUCUGAGGAGACGCAGUCGCUGGUGCGCGUGGCGCAGACGACGCCGGUGGCGGGGCGCGUGCUGGCGCUGGUGCAGCCGGGCACCGACCCGGAGGCCUCCCCGGGAGCCGGGCUGCUGGCCAGCCGCAGCGAGGCCGUGCGGCGCAUGCGCCCCGCGGGCGGCCGGCCCGCCGUCUACGUCUGCCGCCACCGCGCCUGCUCGCUGCCCGUGCACUCCGCCGACGACCUGCUCGCCCUCCUCCAGCAGCAGUAGUUCCACACACACCGUCGUACCGCUAUACUCUUGCUCUGAGUCUAACUCGUGUUGCCUAGUUGCUACGUCGAAAUAGCGGCGUUUCUCGGUACCUACUUAGCUUCCGUUUUCUUGUUUAGCUUCACGUUGCUCGGAUAAAUCUUAACGCGCCAAUUGAAAUCCGGCGACUAUAUUUCAAGAGUCCGUGGAGCUUUCUGCAGUAGCUAGUUUUUACUUGUAGUGAAGCUUGGGGCGUACGUAGAGACUCGUAAAACAACGCCUUGAUUCUGAAGACAUUUACGAGAACCAGAAUAGCGGCCAUGUAGACAAGAGUCUAAAUAUAUCUUUUGAUCAUUUUAAGUUGUCAUUCAGUCUUAGUUUCAAAAGAAUGGAGAGUGUAGAGUUUCGCUUAUGUUUCGCGUGGCACAGAUAAAAAUUUCUCAUUCGAAUACUAAAAAUGCGUUUUCCUUAAAAUUGUUUCUCACUUGGUGACUAUCACUAUGUCUAUUUUCUUACUUACGUAAAUUUCUGCUGCCUACUGUGAAACUGCUACGAUAACAGCAGUUGCUAUAGUCCCCACUAACAGAGCGUUUCAGCGGAGCACCCGAAAUAGGUAUGAAAUGAAGACACCUGCACCAGUCCCUUAUGUAUUUAAUUUAUUUAUGCAACUAGUUUCGGUGUUCCAUUAAACCAUCUUCAGGCUCCUAGAGCAACGUAAAUUGGGAGGAAUCCAAUCUCGUGUUCAGUCUUAACAGGAGACAAUAGUAAAUAACCGGUGUUCGUCCUCAAAGGACGAAUGAAGUGAUAGCGUCCUGUAAACCAGAAGUCUACGGACACUGGUUAUUUAAUAUUCGCUCCUGUUAUGACUGCACACGGGAUUGGACUCCUCCCUAUUUACGUUGGUCAAGGGACGUGAAGAUGGUGUAAUGAAACAUCGAAACUGGCUGCAUAAAUAAAUUAAAUGCAAAAGAGACUGCUUCAUGUGUUUUUAUAUUGAACAUCUGAAGUCCCUGUAACCAUCUACACAAGGAUAGACGUACAAAAGGAAAUAGUCAUAUCUUUAAAUUAAGAUAUAAAAUCGUAUGGACCAGUUGCUAAGCGGAUACUGGUUGGGUGGUGAAUUAUUAUUAGCUUUAUUGAAUUGUAAUGAUGUCGCCAAGAGAGGGGAGGGGGCGGAGAUUUGCAAAAUUGUUAGGCGAUCCCAGCCAAUCCAAAAUAAUUCAAGAGUAAAAGCGGGAAAAGACCUCAUUUCCAAUUUUUGUAUCAAGAAGAAUGGAUUGCGAAACUCCGCUCAUCCAUCCAGCAACGCCUCGUAAUUAAGCAUAAUGCUUGUUAAUCGUCGGAUAUACUCAUUGCUUACCAGUCUUCCAGUGUACCAUGUAGAAGAACUUAGCUGAGAUUGAGAAGACUCCACGUCAUUUAGUUGUUAGAGGUUGUUUUCAGAUUUGUAGGCAUAAUAGGAUAUGCAUGUACUACUACAUAAGCAGGUUAGGGCUAAUCUUCCUGUUACAUAUCAGGUUUUUUUUAAAUGAAUUUUUAAAUAGUAUAUGACAUUUAGUUAAAAUGUGCAAUAAUAGCAGAGCCCCUCUGGUUUGUGAUGUGCAAUAUAUAUUUUCAUUUAUCUUCUAUUUUAUUAUUAUAUUUUACUAGCUACAAAAACAUUGGGUGGUAGUACUCAGAACAUGUCUUGAAGUUGCAAAUAAUAUACAAAAAUUCAUGGGACUAACCCGUUGUUGCACAAAAUCUGGGCUGCGUAGCACAGGUAAUAUGUGGUUUUUGUUUGUGAUGUAUGAGUGAUAUUUGAUAUUAAGGCGGCUGAGUUUUUGAUUUUAACUGAUCAAUACUCUUCAUAGCUAAUAACUUGUUAUUGAUGGAAUGUUUUUUCCAUAUAAAAUGUCUUUCAGUUAGGAGAUUUACAUAGAUCUGUGAUUUGAUGUAGACUUCGGAUAGCUUUGUCAGGUACUGCGACAUGGUUCUGAUAGCCUGUUUGUGCUGUAUGUAUUUAUGUAUAAGCAUGUCGUACAAAAUAUUGUAACAGGUCGUGCUGAAAGUGAAAACAUCUGCAUGAGACAGAAUUUUAAGGUACAAAUGCUAGUUUGUCUCAACUGCAAAAAAUAAAUAAAUAUUUUCAGAUAUUGUAGUUAUGUUAAACACAUAUAUAUAUAGUUUUUCUUUGACAAUAUGUAUUUUAAUAUGUUCUCAAUACUAAGACCUAUAAAGCAGUUGAUUACCUACUAAUAAUUGUUCUGUUCAACUUCCUUUCGUCAAUGUCUUGACCAGAAGUAUUAGAGAAAGGGCAAAUUGUGUGAUGCCUAGUGGAUGGUAUAAGUUGGAGUCUUUAAAACAUGAUAUAUCUAGAAUCCAAAUGGAUUAGCGACUUUAUCCUACCACCUACUAUAAAGUAUAAGUAUUAGGUAAUUUUGCAUUCUAUGUGUGUAUUUCUCUUUGAUGAAUUUGGUACAGAAAAAUUAAUCAGAAACAUACCUGUACCUAGCACUUCACUAAGUCGACGGAUACCAUAGAACUGAGCUGAAAGUUCGUCAGUGACCUAAAUUCCUUAUGAUUAUAUGUUUUGAUUGGUGUCAUGAGGUUCUGAACUAAAUCGUUUUCAGUUGCAACCUCAACUUCUUACAUAGUCAAAAUUCUAUGUUCUUUAUUGAGUUUCAGCUUACCUGUAGCCUUUAGCUCUAUUGUGGAGUACAAGAGAACCAUAAUUAGGGAGAAAUACUUCUAACUAGAAUAUUACUAUAAAACUAGGUCUGUUUCAUCUACGUUGGAAUAAAAAUUGGAUAUAUCUCUGUGUUUUGUUUAUAAUCUUUGGAAAUUGUUGAAAACAUUUUUCAUAAGCAGUACAGCUCCCAUAACAGAGGCUAUGUAUCAGAUAUGUGGACAAAAGGUGGGGUUGCAACACUAAAUUUUGCAUCUAUAAUAAUGUAUUAAAGAGCAUCCUCUUUCUUUAAAAAACA